AUGGCGCAACAACAUCCUCGAUCUCAUCGUUACCGUCGUCUGCUCAAGCGUUUGUACGAAGCCAUCUUUCUACUGCAGAGAUUAGGCCCUCCUGCGAGACCUCACACGAUAAUUCACUAUGACACCCUGAAUGGAUUGGCCACCCAGCAGAGGUUUCUCAAAACCCUCGCCUUCAUGGUUGAUUUUAAGAAGGGCGGCGAUACCACUGCGGCCAUCGCAGUCGAAGAGACAGCCCAAGAUUUCCAUUUCGUGGUUGCUGUCAAUGAUCAGAGUCAAAAGGAAACAGCAAGGAUGGUGCUCGAGAACUACUUAAACCAGCUGGUCAAGAUUUUUGCGCUUCCCCCGGAGCAAUAUCAUGAGCAUGGAGACACAAUUCUGCUGCACCGCGUCGCGCACUUUAGCAAGAUCAGACUCAAAAAGGAGUUGAAACUCUUGCAAUCGACUGCCAACAAGUGUAUCAAUUCUCUCCAUGACUCGCAAUCGAGCAGCGCUCAAGGACUGAUCAACUUCCUUCGUCUCCUCGGUGCUGACACCGGUAAGAAUCCCGUCUUGAGCUGCCAAAGAGCUUAUUCCGCGGAGAGUGACCCAGUGCUCAACGAAGCACGACAUAUUGGUCGCGAUCCUGAAGAUGGGAGCAAUCCUCCCGCUGGCGUGGUGAACUUCAAGAAGCUGGUCCACUUUGUUCAUCGCGUUGCAGCUCACCUGCGCUCAGUCAAACGCCUCAUUGACGAUGGAGCACGUCUGAAGCCUCUUCUAGAGCGCUACCGUGUGACAGCUGUGGGCUCUCGGACCCCGAGUCCACGUCCGGAAGUCGGUUCUCUGAUCACGAUAGAUGGGAUCCUCAAACGCAUCUUGCCAGCCAACGAUCCAAGGCAUGAAGCCAUGGCGACACAACUUAAGCAGAUCAAUAAACAGACAAGCCUCGAAGCGUGGAUCCAGGACCGCUUCGCGCCAGAGGAGGCAGACAAGGGAAGCAUUCACUGCGAGGUACACCUCCUUGAGCAUUUCUACCAAAAUAAGCUCAGGUUCGCAAGGGACGACCCGUACAUCGCUUGCAGCAAGCCUUCUUGCGUCUGUUGUGAGCUGUACUUCCGGCACCAUUCAUUACAGUGUGCUCAGCUCAAUACUCACGGGCGAGUGCACCCCAACUGGGCUCCGCCACUCCUCGCGGAAGGGAUCAACGACGCCGCCUGGCCUGAGCAGCGGCACGUCCUAGGUGAGAUUGCUCAUGCUCUCGGGAACCGCGUCAUCUCGCGCUUGGAACGGCUUGGUAAUAUCGCGCGGAACGGGGCGCUCUUCGACUCUCUCGAUGGAAACACAGUCUCGGGAGUCGGCUUUGUCGAGUUCGCGGACGAAACGGACCUGACUGGAAAUGAGAGGAACUCGAGUGGUAGUGAGGACAGCGAUUCUGAUCAUUCAGGCGGUGCUCCGCUGUAG